UGAUUAUCCUUGCUCUCUUGAAAGUCUGUACUUUCUGCGUAGUGUGUUAUGUCGUUUUUCGACUCUAUCAUCCAUGCGAUGACCAAAAACUUUGCUGCUGUUUCAACGGGCUUAGUUGAAGGCGAGAUCAGUACCAUUCGGGAGGAGCCGGUUCCAACCGUGCCGUCGGAUAGGAUUCUCAUUCGAGCCGAGGCAUAUGCUUCGAACCCUGUGGAUUGGAAGCUUGUUGCUGGAGGCUGGACUCGUAAGGGGACUGUUCUUGGUUGUGACGUGAGCGGAGUCGUGGAACAGGUUGGUGCCAAUGUCACGGGCUUUGUGGUUGGUGAUUAUGUAUCUGCAUUUCUUCGGGGAGACUAUAGUAAUACUGAAGGUGCAUUCCAAUCAUUUGUAGUUGCUAAUCCUUCGACAAUCAUCAAGUAUGAUAAAUCCUUGUUUACAUCCACAACCCCACUUUCAGUGGGGGUACAUCCAAGAAAUUACAUCAAUACUUUCGAAGGUGCUGCAUCUGUAACUCUAGGACUUUGUACAGUAGCCAUGUCCUUCCCCUUUUGUUUGGGGCUCAAACACGAGUUACGUGACUCCUACAAGGACAAAUACAUUUUAAUAUGGGGUGGGGCCACCUCGACAGGAUAUUUGGCAAUACAAGUUGCUAAACAAAUCUAUGGAUUAAAGGUGAUCGCUACCUCUUCUCCUGCUAAUUUUGAUUUAUUACGUGAAUUGGGAGCUGAUGUAGUGUUUGAUUAUCAUGACGAAGACGUUGUUGAUAAAAUAAGGCAAGUUGGUGGUGCAAAUAUCCCAUAUGCAUUGGAUACGGUUUCAACGGUUAAAACUUUACAAGCUGUUUAUGAUUCUACACUGUAUACAGAGUUUGUUCGUCUAGAUAACUUGUUAUUCUUGGACGAAGAAGACAUCGUUACCGAUAUCUCUAGAAACGUUGCAUUUGGUAAGACAUCGACAUUUUUGGUUUCAGGAGAACCAGCCCAUUUGGCAGAUGAUUAUCAACAAGUUCCAUCAGGAUUAGUUGAAGUGUUCACUCAAUUCUGGCAAGAUGUCUUACCAAAAUAUAUAUCUACCAUCAAACAUAUAAAUUUAAAAGUUUUACAUAAGGGAUUGGAUUCAGUCAAUGAAGCCAUGGCUAUACAAAGUGAAGGUUCUCUUCGAGGACAGAAAGUUGUGUUUAGAGCAUAGGGCAUAAAUAAUAAUUAAUAAUAUAUAC